CUGGUGCUCAAUGCCAUAUCCAUUUGCAAUAUUUUUCAAAACACGUGCCAUUCAAAAUUCUUACCUCUUACAACUGUGAUAGGAUCGCCUGUAACAACAACUGUGACACCACCGCCUGUAACAGCAACUGUGAUACCAUCGUCUGUAACAGCGACUGUGACACGAUCGUCUGUAACAGCGAGUGUGACAACAUCGCCUGUAACUACAACUGUGACAACAUCGCCAGUAACAGCAACUGUCACACCAUCGCAUGUAACAACAACUGUGACACCAUCGCCUGUAACAACAACUGUGACAACAUCGCCAGUAGCAGCAACUGUUACACCAUCGCCUGUAACAACAACUGUGACAACAUCGCCAGUAACUACAACUGUGACAACAUCGCCAGUAACUACAACUGUGACAACAUCGCCAGUAGCAGCAACUGUUACACCAUCGCCUGUAACAACAACUGUGACAACAUCACCAGUAACUACAACUGUGACAACAUCGCCAGUAACUACAACUGUGACAACAUAGCCAGUAACAGCAACUGUCACACCAUCGCCUGUAACUACAACUGUGACACCAUCGCCUGGCACUACAACUGUGACACCAUCGCCUGUAACAACAACUGUGACACCAUCGCCUGUAACUACAACAACUGUGACAACAUCGCCUGUAACAGCAACUGUGACAACAUCGCCUGUAACACCAUCGCCUGUAACAACAACUGUGACACCAUCUCCCGCCACAGCAACUGUGACACCAUCGCCUGUUACACCAACUGUGAUAUUACUUCUUGUCACAUGCUCAUAA